AUGGUUUCCGGUUUCAUCAAAACUACUUUUCCUCGUAUAAAUAUCGUCCCCUUCGCAAUUCAUUUUAUCAGACAACAAAGCACGAUUCACAAAUCACAAGAGUUUGACAACAUGAGCUUUCUGAUCACCCGUGUAUGUAUGGCCGCCGGAGUUGCUGCUGUCAACGGACACACCGAUCAAGUCCACAAAACGAAAUCAGUCGUCAACUCCUUUCGGCAUGGCAAGAAAGCGUUCGCCGCUUCAGCCGGAGUUGAUUCGUCUGAUCUCCGGCCAGUUUCCGGGUUUCUGAAUGAAGGAGUCGUUGGCAGCGGAAACAGGAAGACUACAGAUACCGAUGAGUCUCUCCGGCAAGUCAUGUACUUCAACUGCUGGGGACCGAGUUAA